AUGGAGGGAUCGGCGACGGAGGGAAAUCACGGAGGAGAUCCCCGCGCCGAGCAUGCCGCAACCAAGGAGUCCAAGGCGGCGGCAACGCAACACCAUCUGACGCUGCUCCAGCCGACCGUGGUCAAAGUUUCUGCAGCCGUGCUGGAUAAGGACAAGGUGGGGGAGCACGAGUCGGUGGGGCUGGUCGGUGGCUCUCCACCUUUUGGUGGACGGGGGAGGCGUAGGCAGAGGAAGAGCAAUGGGGAGGAUGAUUAUGACACCGCCGUGCCCGGGGACCUCAUUACGCGGGCGAAGAGGCGGCAGACGAUAGGUAGUGCUGACGACGCCGGAGGCGCGGCAGUUGGGACACCGCGAGGUGCAAAGGAAGCUAGUGGCAAGGCGGGUGGUCAAGCAUUGCGCCAGAAGGGCCGACCCGCAGCAAGAAAAGCAUCCGGCGGAAGGAGAGGCAAGAAAGCAGCGACGGGAACAAAGCCGAAACGGGGCAAUGAAGACCCAGGUGAUGCGGAGGAGGAGGAGGAUGAGGAGGAGGAUGCGGAGGGAGAGGAGGAUGAAGAGGAAGCGGAGGAGGAUGACACAGAUGUUGGGGAGGAUGAAAAAGAUGAGAAUGAUGGCGGGGAGGACAAAGAGGAGGAGGAGGAGGAGGAGGAGGAGGCAGAGGAGGAGGAGGAGGAGAAGGAGGAGGAGGAGGAGGAGGAGGAGGAGGAGGAGGAGGAGGAGAAGGAGGAGGAGGAGGAGGCAGAGGAGGAGGAGGAGGAGGAGGAGGAGGAGGAGGAGGAGGAGGAGGAGGAGGAGGAGGAGGAGCAGGGUGACGACGAGGAGGAGGAUGUGGAGGAGGAGGAGGAGGAGGAGGAGGAGGAGGAGGAGGCAGAGGAGGAGGAGGAGGAGGAGGAGGAGGAGGAGGAGGAGGAGGAGGAGGAGGAGGAGGAGGAGGAGGAGGAGGAGGAGGAUGUGGCGCCGGUGAAGGGACGGGGCGGGCGUGGCAGACGGGUGAGUGGUAUAGGGAAGGAGGGGGGCCGGACUCGCCCUUCCCGAAAACGCGGGGCAGUUGACGCUGCGCGCGGUGAAGCAUCGGGCAAACCGAGGGCGCGUAAGGUGAAGGUCGAAAGUGAAGGGGUUGGUAAAAAGCAAGGGAGCCAGGGAGCAAAAGGGGAUGGAGGAGGAAAGGGUGGCUGUGCCAAAGGGGCUCUAGUGGGUACCAGCAAGAAAGAACCUGCCGGGAAGGAGAAGGUCGACGAGUCUGCCAAGCAAGGGCGGUCUCCCCUCUCGCCGAUCCUUCGCACAGGCAUCAGGCAGGCAGUUAUGCCAAUCCCUUCCCUGAGCUCCCCUUUUCCCGCCAGCGUGAUAGUGUGA